UGUGCUCCUUUUCUUCAGAGCAGCAGAGUUUAUGGAGGCUGCAGCCGUGGAAAAUGAAGAUCUCCUCUGUUCUCCUGGCUCUGCUGACUCGACUUCUGCUGGGAGAUCUGUGUCUGUCCAUCAACGUGACCAUAAGCCCCGCCCCCUUCACGGUGGCCCAGCAGGGUCAGAACAUCUCGCUGUCCUGCGUCGUGUCCCAGCGCCGCCGUAACGCCGCGCUGCCCGUGGUGAAAUGGACCUUCCUGCCGGAGGGCGCCGACCGGCCCGAGGACGAGCUCCUCAUCGCCCGCGUCAACAUGAGGAAGGCCCGUUUCUAUGGCAACUACACCAAGAGCUUCCCCUGGCCCAAGCUGAAGCUGACGGUGGUGAAGCAGGGGAAGGUGUUCGACCUGGACAUCCUGAACGUGUCCGAGGGGGACCGGGGCCUCUACAUGUGUCGGGUCCAGGAGUUUAAGAAGCACCAGGACCGCUGGAAGGCCUCCGCUAACUGCACCGCCGCCACCGAGCUCAGAGUGCACGUCCUGCCGGCCACCAAGGCCAAAGAAAGCUUGUGGAGCUUGUUUGAAGAUGUGUACCUGUGUGCGGUGCUGAUCUGCUCAGUGGGUUUGCUGUGUAUGUGCAUGUUCACAGUGACGGUCACCUGCCAGUACGUACAGAGGAAGCAGAGGUUAAAAGAUAAUUACCACUUGGUUAAAAGCCCUCAGAACAGCUCCGGAGAGACGGUCACCAGCCUGGUCAGUGUUUCUCCUGCUCUGCCCAAGAAGGAGAGGAGAUACAGGAAGAAGAGGAGCAGAGACUACCAAGACGAAAUACCUCCAGAGAUACCAGCAAAAGCUCCGAUUGGAGACAAAACACGGAAACCCAAACUUUUAAAACCACAACCAAGGAAAGUGGUAUUGCCGAAGAUCGUGGAGGAGAACCUGACCUAUGCAGAGCUGGAUCUGGUGAAGCCGAUCCCAGAACCCAAGGCGUCCAGCAGCGGCACCGUGUACGCUCAGAUCCUGUUCGGGGAGCAGCAGCUCUGAGAGGAAAACCACUCGUAACUGUGCCUUGUGUUAAAUGUUGUCUAUUUAUAGUCUGUAUUAUUUUAUAUUCAAAUGGUUUGUGAAGGACUAAAUGUCUCACAAUGAGGACACAAUUGUACAUAUUGUUUUAUAUGUUUCUUUGAUAUGACUUUCUUUUUUUAUGAGACCAAGAUACAACAGGAAAUGUUUUGUAUACUGGAUUAUUUCAUGUAAAACAUUUCUUUUCUUUUUUUAACGCACCCACUGAAUCCUGUGUAGCUCAAACUGGGAACACAAUAGAAGGCUGAUGCUGAUCUAGACCAGAUGUCCAUUGUGACAACUGGUGGGAAGACUUGAGAGUAUUUUAAGAUCUGGUUUACUCCGGGGCGGGGUGGAAUGAGAUAUCGCUUUACAACCAUCUAAUUAGACAAUGCUGCUGCUUCUUUGUGGUUUAUUGAAAAUAAAUAAUCCGUCAAAGCUUAUUAGCUUUACUGGGAUAUAAGGUAGUUUAUUUGGCUUGAUGCAUAAGUACAGAGCUCAAACCAGAAAGUGAUUAGCUUAGCAUAAAGAGUGGGAAAACGGUUAGCUUGGCUCUAGCUAGCUGGCUGGCUAGCAUAGCUAGGGGAAGUUACGUGCUGUUACUGUUUCUAAAGAAAUGUAAGCAAAAUUCCUUUAAAACCAGAUUUUUGUUUUCCAUUUAUCUAUGUGUGUUGAUAAAAGAAAAUGAGGAAUGUGUUUUAACUUUGGAGAAAAUGAGCUAGCUGUUUAGCUCUUCUUCCAGUCUUUGCUAAGCUAAUCACCUCCCA